CUCAGCACCAGCUCACAGUGCAGUCUGCUCUCACACACUUUGGAUCAUGGCUCCUACCAGCAUUUCUGUGGAUACUUUCUCCUGCAAAGAAAAAAACAAACUGAGAAAGCCCAUUGUGGAAAAGAUGCGCAGAGACAGGAUUAACAACAGCAUUGAGCAGCUGAAAGCUCUCUUGGAAAAAGAAUUUCACAAGCAGGAACCCAAUGUCAAACUAGAGAAGGCUGAUAUCCUUGAGAUGGCAGUGAGCUACCUGCAACAGCAAAAAAGUCAGUCCCCCAAUCUGGCAAAACUGGAGCAGGAUUACAAGCAAGGGUUCUCAAGCUGUUUAAGAGAAGCCGUGCAGUUUCUGUGCUAUUACCCAGAAAGUGGAGAAACCCAGAUGAAACUGCUAAAGCACCUGCAAGCACCCCAGAAGCUCUCUGUUGCACCCCUCACCUACAUCCCCAGUGUCUCUGACUCCAAACAAGCAGCUCUGGCAAGCAACCCCAGCAAAAUAUGGCGCCCGUGGUGAACUCCAAUGGACUAUUGAAUCCAAGAGGGAAAAUGACUUAAAGUCACAUAUUCCUCUAGCAGUAAGGAAUGCUUUCCUAAUUCUCUACAUGGAUAUGCUUGGAUGUUGUGAAACAACUGGAAAAAAAACUUGAUUCUGACAAGCAUGCACGUUAUCCUAUGGGAUGCACAUUAACUCCUUCAAUGAGUUUCAUAAGCGUUUAUCAUUAUUGAUAAUUUUGUAUCAUUACUGAUGUAAUUUAUUUACAUUUUAUUUUAUCUUCUAUGAAGAAUAGUUCUAUAAUAUUUAUAGAUCUAUAUGGAUAUUGUACAAUGGGGUUAUAGUACAUUCAGCUGCCAUACGUAACAGUAUCGUUAGAUACAGCAGUGCACUGGCUGCUACUAUACCAACCCCCAUUUCAGCUUGUUACUUCAGUGAAGUUGCCUUUGUAGCAUAUGGGUAAUAUGUAUAUUAGGGCUCUGUUUUAGAGAAUUAGGUAUGGUUUUGCUUCAAGUUUCAUUUAUAAACUGUACAAUUUGAUUUCUCUACCUGCAAAAGAAGACCCUAUAAUUGUAUUCGAAUAGAAUGGCAUUAUUUGUAUGUUUAAAAGGAUAUUCUUAUCCAUAGCAUAUCAUUCUUUGAAUGAUAGACUAGUAUUUCUAGAGAGGAAAAGUCUUUUCAUUCUGUAGAUGGCUGUUCCCAUCUGUAUAUUCUGUGAUAACUUCUGUGAAGUUAGCAGCGAGUAGCCUUACAUUUUCGAGGGAAAUAUAUUCAAGAGCAGAAUUUAAUUAGAGAGUAUCUUUAAUAAAGUCUGAAAAAAUUCAAAUAUCUUUUAUAAAGAUGUGCUGCAAUUGCUUUGCAAGUUUAUUUCUUGUUAAAGAAAUGUCUACUCUAUGUGAUCCUACAACUUUUUGUUUUAAAAAAGACAUUGUAUGAAAUAUUUUUUGUUCAUCUGGUAGCUGCGCAUGCAGUUACAAUGAGUAAAUUGUCCUUAUAGGACAGCCAUUGUGUAUGUUUGACAUGUGUCACUGUAUUUUACACAUUGAUUAUUUUAAAGGAAUAGAGCACAAGGAUUAAAUAAAAUAUUCCUUCUACAGUA